ACUCAAUGGGAAAACGCCGAAGAAGACAAUGAGGCUUAUAUGGUUCUUCUUUUCUGAUGAGCUUGAUGGUGAUUUGGUUGAACGAGUUAAUUAUAUUUGACAGGAAGAUAUUGAAAUCAUAUGUGAACAUCAACUUUCAACAAGAAUAUUUAAUAAUAUUCUUAAUAUCUCUGAUCCUUAGUACUAUUAGUUUAAGCACAACAGUAUUUAUUUUCGCAGUAGAUAUACUGUGCUUUUUUCCUAGUAGUUUUAAAAGCGUAUCCGCAAAUAUAUGCUAUUGUGCCCCCAUAAUGGCGACUAAUAUGUUCUUCUUGAAAAUAUGUGCAAUGUUGUUGAUAAUGAAGCAAAGGUUUAAAUGGAUAAACCAUGGAAUAGAAAAUUUAAAGCACAUGUCUGAUGAAAAAUCAGCCUUCUACUACGCGAUUCACACAUUUGAUAAGAAUUUUCAAGUUAUGUGUUUGCAAGAACAGCAAAUACAUGCAUUGGAGGAGUUACGCAUCAAACAUUACAAAAUCCACUGUUUGACCGAAGAAAUAAACUCGAUGUUUGCUUUUCCUAUUCUAUUCAGUUUCAUCCAACUUGUUUUAGGAUUUCAAAAUUAUAGUUUGUAUUUCAUAAGAGUUCCAUCUACAAUGUUUGCUCAAAAAACUACAAAAUUGUACUCGUUUUUUGGCAAAGGAAUCAUUGCAAUUUAUACAGGACAGUUGGUAGCAAUAUCUUAUAUUUGUUCUUGGCUAAACUAUGAGGCACAUAGAACCGGAAGCAUUUUAGAAAGAUUUAAACAUAUAUCCAAUGAGAUAGAUGAAUAUAUACGAUUCUUCUUACAUCAAUUACUUCACACAGAAGUAAAUAUAACAGCAUGUAAUCUGUUUACCAUCAAUGCAUCAUUAAUAUUUAGUGUGGCAAGUGCCUUUACUUCAUAUUUAGUACUUUGUGUACAACUGCACAUAUAAGCUGACUCUCGUAACAACAGUACCUAAUAGUUAGUAUCUUAAGUACGUUAUGUAUUAAAUGUCAAAUAUUUUUAUAUAGGUAGUUCUUAAAAUACUGAAUUCAAAUAAACACAAUAUGUCAUAUAACUAAGAAAAUUUUAAAUUGAUGACAAGCUCCUACUAUAAUACGGGUGGGGGCGGGGGCUGAGUCCCCACUACCUAAAGAUAGGGAUAUUGAAUCGACCUUUGGGGCAGAAUUACGAGCCAUUUAUGAACUUUCGAAGUGGUAUAGUUUCAAUUUUUGAGCUCAUUUCCUUCAUCCCCAAACAACCCUUUAAUUGAUAUAACUUAAGAGAAUAAUGCUGAGAAAAAUUCAAAUAUAUCGUAUAGCGUAUUCUAAGAAUAAACUCUUAAAUCAAGCUCUUAAACUUCGAUUAUUGAGCUACAACCUCUCCGCAAGAACCCCAUCUUCCCAACAUAAAAGAGAAUUGUAC